UGUGUGUGUGUGUGUAAAUGCCUGUAAUAUGCCAUGUCGUGUUUGUGUUCUGUAGAACGUGUACAUGAUUAUCGUACUGGGCGAUUACACUCCCUCUCCUCAGAUGCUCUCAGUGAUGAAUAUACAGCACAUAUACAGCUCACUCUGUGACUACAGGAUGUAUAUGAUGGGUGGGCUUGUUCCAGUUUAAAGGCCCUUUUCUGACAGAACGCAUAAAAACCCUCAGUUGUGAACUCCACGUUGCCAGCGCAAUCAGCUGGGCUUGAAUUUACAGAAGAGGGCACACAGGAAGUGGUUAAAAACUUCAAACCUAAUAAAGCUCCUUGCUAUGUCACAAAAGGGUCCUCAGCUGUGACAUACACCACCAGGAUGGCUGAUGAAGUGCUUGAACGGGUACGAACUGAAUUAAAGGACAGUUUGACCGAUUCUGUGAUCAAACAACUGUUGGAUGAUCUUAACGAUGAGAAGGUGUUGGGAGAUGAAGAAGUGGAGUCAAUCCUACAACAGAACCCACUCCAGGCUGAUCGGGCUCGCUGUUUGAUCGGCAGCGUUAAGAAGAAAGGCCCCAAGGCCUGCCAAAUCCUGUUAGAGAAACUACAAAAACGUGACAAGUAUGUGUACGAUAAACUGCAACUAGACGACUUGCCACCACUUCUUGUUCCUGGAGUGGAAGAAGUCACUGCACGAGUCCCCGUGCCUCGUGCUAGACUUGUCCCAGCGGUUGCUCCUCGAAGCUCUCCUGUGCCUCAAAAGGCUGCCACUGCCAGUUCUCCAGUCUCCUCUGUGUCCACAGACCUGCCUCCUGGGUCACAGGCCUCAUGUUCCCUGCCUGUCCCGCCUUGGCCUGUGUCUCCUGUUCCUCGUAUGCCUUCUGUGAUUGUUUCUCCUGUUACCUCAGUUCCUGUGUUGCCUGCUCACUUUCCUGGUUUCGUCUAUGUUCCUGUCCAUACGUCCAUGCCUGUUUGUCUUUCUGUGCUUAAACCUGUUACCCUGCCUUGUGGCAUGGAAAUUACCCUGCCUGUCCCAGUUCCUACGGCUGGGCCCUUUGAUGCAGGCUCUUGUGCUGACGAGAGCUCGGAGUGGUGCCCGGAAAUGGUGCCCGAUUGGCCCAGAAAGCGGUGGUGGAAAAACCAGCAUUGCGUCCCGUCCCCACAGGGGCAGCACACUUAA